CAGAUUCUGGCAAACAAUCUCCUGACCCGCAUCCAGCUGACUACGGACGAUGAUGGUCUAUCAUCAGCCACCCAAGAAGACUCCACAACUGAUGACGAUGAUGAAUGGAACACAGGAUCACUCCUCAAAGGUCGCCUCCUCUUCCCCCUCCUGUCGAUGCUGGAUGUCUCCUGCAACCUGCUCCGAGGUAUACCACCAGCGAUACACGAACUCACCAACCUCUCCGUCCUAAACAUUAGCGGGAACAAAGAUAUAACAGACCUUCCCCCACAAAUGGGUCUUUUAUCCCGUCUCUGGAAUCUCAAUACGGUUGGAUGUUCCCUACAAGAGCCGCUUCGCUCAAUGCUACAAUGUGGACGGUACAAGAGCAUGGAUAUCGUUGGCUACCUCAAAUCAGUAUUACAAGAAGCCAGGCCUUAUACGAGAAUGAAACUUAUGUUCGUUGGUUUACAGGGCAUCGGCAAGACAAGCUUACUCGAAUGUUUGCGGCAAGAAUCUUCCAUACAGCAUCGGAGGAAACCUACUGAGCAUUGGGCCAAGCGUAUGGGCAAUAAAUCGUCUCGUCGCGGCAACGUGUCCACUGUCGGCGUUGAUAUCGGCACGUGGGUGUAUGAGAAACAUCGCUCAACGCGUGGACCCAUCACUUUCAGAACCUGGGACUUUGGGGGGCAGCAGGAGUACUACGCCACACACCAGUAUUUCUUAUCUCGAAGGUCCCUGUACCUCGUUGUAUGGAGGGUCACCGACGGCAGGAAGGGGCUCGCCGGAGCCCUCAACUGGCUCAGAUCCAUACAAGCUCGCGCCCCGGGUUCGCCUGUCAUUAUGGUGGCAACACAUUACGAUCAAGUUGCUAAUAGCAAUCUUCCUGAAAGCGAGAGUCCUGAAGUACUGCAGCGUCUGAUCAGGUCUUCCAUCAUGGGGGCUCCGGAUGCCGACAAACUGGGCCUUCCCAGGGUCUUGGAUUCCGUCGAGGUAUCAUGCAGUACUCGUCACAACAUCAGGCUUUUAGCAGACAUCAUCUAUUCCGUGGCAUUCAGCGUUAAACCUCCAGGUAGUAAAGAACCCCUCCUAGAACAGCGGAUCCCCGCUACAUACCUUGCAUUGGAGGAGUGCGUUACCUCCCUAGCCGCUGACCUUCGAGAGCCAGUACUGCGUCACGAAGAGUAUAGGAAACUUGUAACACAGUAUAUGCAGCAGAAGAACCAUCGCAUGUUCCGUGAUGCAGCGGAACUGCAUCAGGCGACAAUGUUCCUACACGAAAAUGGUGUACUCCUCCAUUACGACGACGCGACUCUCAAAGAGCUCUACUUCUUGAAACCUCAGUGGCUGUGUGAUGUACUAGCUCACGUGGUCACCGUCAGGGAGAUCAACCCAUUCGCUAACAACGGUAUAAUGAAGAUAGAAGACCUAGCCCACGUCUUCAAGGCCUCUCCGAUGCUGGCCAGAGGAGAUGAGGCCAGUUCUUUAGGAGUAUCAUUACUGAACAAGUUUGAACUUGCCCUUUGUUGGGACGCGAGACUUCUGCUUGUACCCCCUCUACUGCCGCCGGUAGAGCCACCUACACCACAGUUGCCGGUACGGUCCCGUUCGUGGAGCAGCUCGAACAGAGGCACCCCCCGCCGGGCCUGGCCCCCCCAACUGACCCCGUUACCUGACAGUAGGGGGACUGACUCCCCCACUCUUAUACGUGAGUAG